AUCACCAAGCUUAACUGCUCACCAGGUAACAGAGCAAGCGAAAUUUGUCGAAACUAACCCCAGACAUAUUUUUUUAGGCACAUUAGACGCGCCAACGGAUGAGAAUACGCGCGCAUAGCUCAACGUCAAGCAACGGUAAAAAAUCAUCAACUAGUAUACGAAAUACGAAAUACGCAACGACUUCACAAAUCUAAACAAAAAUGGAUGACUCACGCGAGGAAAGCCAAUUUAUUGUGGAUGAUGUGAGCAAAACAAUUAAAGAGGCCAUCGAGUCAACUAUCGGUGGCAACGCAUAUCAGCACGAUAAGGUAAACAACUGGACCGGCCAGGUUGUCGAAAAUUGCCUCACCGUGCUCACCAAAGAGCAGAAGCCCUACAAAUACAUUGUCACAGCCAUGAUCAUGCAGAAGAACGGCGCCGGUCUGCACACGGCCAGUUCCUGCUAUUGGAACAACGACACCGACGGCAGCUGCACCGUGCGCUGGGAAAACAAGACCAUGUACUGCAUUGUCUCUGUCUUCGGGCUGGCCGUCUAAGCGGGCGCUCGUCGAUCUAGACACAAAUCACUAAAAUCUAAGGGGGAGGGACUAACAAGAUUGCCUUGCAUUUCUUUUGCGUCUGAAACACAAUUCUAAUCGGUUUACUCAAUUAACUCUGCAGACAUAAACAGGAGAAUUCAGCCGAACUGUUUGUUCAAGCCACAUAACAAGGAAUCUAACCAAUCUAUCAAAUUACAGCAACGAGCAAAGUAUUGUCCAAUUCUUAGAAUGCAGCACAUAUACAGCAAAAUUCCCAAUUAUUUAGCAAAAUGUAAUGUACUUGUAUUAUUUUCUCAAGUUCUAAAUAACAAAAACUGCACACAAAGUGUUUGAAUGUUA